ACCCGGAAGUGCGGUGUUUGUUGUCAGCAACCGUUGCUGCUGUUUUAUUUUCUCUCUUUGAAUCUUUCUGACGCAUCAUUCUGUCAUUUAAAGGUUAUUAUUAUUAUUAUUCUCUUCGUAAAGUUCCGUUUUCCGCUGUAACUUCCGUCAUUGGUGGACUUUCACGGUGCAGCGGCUCUUUGGGUCCGUGUGACGCCGCAGCGGGAACUUUGAAAGCGGCUCGCGGCAGUUAGCAUGCAGGCUAACUGCUAGCACAUCACUGAAUUAAAGAGUUAAUUAAAUGUUGGGUCAGCCGGCCUCCAGGCUGCGGGACGCCGAAAUCAGUCCGGAUCAGUCGUCCUGCAGCUCGGACACCGGGGACGUUUUAAUCCGAUCCACUCAGGUUCGGGUUCAUGAAGCAAGACCAGGACCCGGGUCUGUCCAGAUCACCGUCCAGAAACUGGCGGACCCCCCCGUCCAGGUACUGGCGGACCCCCCCGUCCAGGUACUGGCGGACCCCCCCGUCCAACCGCCUCUGGCCGAGCAGCAGCGGCGGCCGAAGCUCCGACAGAAGCCGGAGAAAGCUGCUCCUCUGCGGGCAGCAGCGCGCUCUCAGCCCGACAGACGGACGAUGAAGAAACCAGAACCGACCAAAGAGAACAGAGAACCCACAGGAACGCAGCCUCCAGCAGCAGAGUGUAGUCCACACAGGAAGCUCUCUGCUGGGACACACAGCGACCGGCAGCCUGGUCACGAACUCCUGACGUCACGUUUCGCUGCUGGAGGUCGAGGAGUUGUGCUCGCGGCUCUGAAAGAACGCUCUCACAGCGCCCCCCGCAGGAGGGAGGUCAAAGUGCAGCUGCUGGACCCGGAGCCACUUCGGACCAGCUCCCAGCAUGGACCCGGUCUGAGGACAAACUCCCAGGAUGCAGUGGGUGUGGCGGGGGUCCAGAUGGACGCCACCAACACAGCAGCGGCUGCUGCAGCUGCAGCGUUGGUGGCUGCUGCUCCUCUGAUGAAGGCUCAGUCAGAUAUGGAGGUUCGAGUGUGUCAGCUGACUGAAGGAAUCCAGAAGCUGCUGCAGACUGACAGGGGGCGGAGCCUGAGCCAUCAGACGCUGCAGCACCUGGAGACGCUGCAGAGCCACCAGCUGCAGCUGCAGAGCCAGCUGCUGGAGUCGGCCCUCAGGAUAGUGACUGCCCACGCCACCGUGACCCCUGUGACCUCUGACCCGGCCGCCUCCUCUGACCGUCUGCAGGUCACUCACCUGGACGCUGCAGCAGACUUCCUUGGCAACCUGCAGCAAACCUCCUCGGUAACCAGAGCCGGCGCCACUGUGGAGACCGGCCCAGUUGCUAUGGCAACACCCCGCCAUGACCGAUGGCCAGAGCAAAGCAGAGAUGACCCGUAUUGCCAAGGUGCUCCCAGUGUUUCCACGGCAACCCAGCCAGCUGCAGGAAGUCACCUGCUGUCUUCGGCCAAUCACAGUCAGGCAGUGGCUACGAGAGCCAAUGAGAUGUUGAGGGAGAUGGGACGGUUGAAGACUGAGAUGAAGAUGCUGCUGAAGCCGGAAGACUCUCUGAAGACAACCAGACCUGGACCAGACCAGCACCAACAAAACCUGCUUCAGCCCCAACAACAAAAUCUCUCCCCACCAAUCCACAUCCAGUCCCAACAAACCCAGCCCCAACAAACCCAGCCCCAACAAACCCAGUUCCAACAAAACCAGUCCCAACAAACCCAGUUCCAGUUCCAACAAAACCAGUCCCAACAAACCCAGUCCCAGUUCCAACAAAACCAGUCCCAACAAACCCAGCCCCAACAAAACCUGCUUCAGUCCCAACAACAAAAUCUCUUAGAACCAAACCACUUCCAGUCCAAGUCCCAGCAAACUGAGCCCCAACAAGUCCAGACCCAGCAGUCCCAGUCCGUACUGGUCCAGAGGAGGCCUCUGGUUCGAUCCAUGUUGGAGGAGGCGGGUCAGGUUCUCCGUCAGGUUCAGAGACAGAAAAAGGUUCUGGAGGAGAACCUGGAGGCUCUGCUGAGAGCCAAAACCGGAGAGGUCCUGGACUGCCAACUGGAGGCACUGGCUGCUAACAGGUAGCUAAUGCUAGCUUACUGUCUGCUAACUGAUGACUGACAAUAACUCAUAUCUUAUGUUAAUAUUAUGUCUGCUAACGAAAGCCUCUAUAAUACUAAUUGUCAUUAUAAGCUAAUAAUUAGUAAUAGCUAAUGCUAAGUGCAUGUUAAUGUAAGUAAUAGGUAACCAAUGGAUAACAUUAACUUUCUCUUUUAGAGCAGCCUAUGUUAACGGGUUGCUAAACCUGCUAACUGGCUUCAUGACGGCUAACGCAUAGUGCUAACCUUUAUCUGCUAACAAACACAAAAUAUAUAGUUUUUUGUAGCAGAGAGCUAACAUUAGAAUUAACUAAAUGUCUGAGAGAUUCCAACAGGUAGCUAACAUUACUUGUAAAUAUGCUAACCCUGGAGGUACAGAACAGGUUUGACGUGUACAAUGAAAAUAUAAACUAAUGUAAAUAUAAAAUAUAAGAAAUAUAAAAUAAAAUAAAUAGAUACAGCAGGUACAAU